UCGAUCGCGAUACAUUUUCCGCACGCGGAACGGACCCCGCGACGCAGGAAACCGCGUAUUUCUCCGGGACGUUUUCUCAGUAUGUAAACAAACACCGUGCCACACGCACCGAGUGCCGUCGAAUCGCGUACGCCGCGACGUGUUCCGGCAAAUCCCGCGGUUGUCGCGAAAUUAUUUGCGCUUUCUUUUCUCACUGUGUACGCGUAAAAAUGCGCGCGAGAUUUAGACAGUCUGUAUUGUGAAGCCACAACGUGUUCCUUAUGCCAAGCAUUUCUGACGCGCUGCAUCUCAAUUUUUUUUCUCAUCUCUUCAGAGUGUUUUCUUUUGAAUUCUCACAAAUCUCUCUUGUGUCUUAGAUGGUACUGUUAAUUUAUUUUGCAACAAAGUGCAUAUCAAAUAUGAAUGAAGUAAGUGGAGGAAAACAAGAUGUACCCAAUACCUCGAAUUGGGAAGCCUUAUCUGGGGGACAGUCGGUGUCAUCGUUGUCACCUAUGCAUCAUCAUCAGGUGCUCCAGCAAGAUACAAAUUCAACAGUAGCACAAGUUAUAGUUCCUACACCCGUUAAACUCCAAACGCCCAUAUUAACGCCUGUGCAAACUGUAGCUGAACAUUGUCCGCAACUUGGUCACAUACAACAACCACCUCUCAUAACUCAGGGUACACCACCAGGAAGCUUCCCAGAACUUGAGUUAUCUCUGGAACUUCAACAACAAGGAUGGAAAAAAUUUUGGAGUAAACGAGAAAAUCGGCCAUAUUUCUGGAAUAAAUUGACUGGAGAAUCUCUGUGGGUGGUACCUUCCCUGAAGCCUCAGUUUGAUCCAAUCACGGAUCCACUUGGCAUUUGUGGUGUGCCACCGCCGCCUGGAAAUGGUACCAUUCCUAGUACACCGGGUGCUACAUUAAAACGAAGAGCAUCAGAAGAUGGUGCAGUUCCACCAGCAAAGAAAUUUGUAUUAGCGGGCCCAUGGGAUCUGGAGAUACCUACGAAUGUUAUAAUAUAUGAGCGAGCACCAUCAAACUUGAUGCAUGUUCAUCCCGAAGUGGAGGCUCUGCGCUGUGCUUUAUUGUCAAAGCUACGGCUAUGUUAUGAAGAAUUAUGCAAAACUCGCGAAUCCAUAGACGCGCCGAAAGAUUCUUUCAACAGGUGGCUGAUGGAACGAAAGGUCAUCGAUUGCGGUUCAGAUCCGUUGCUACCGAGUCAAUGCUUCCCCGAGAUUUCAAUGUCGAUGUAUCGCGAGAUCAUGAACGAUAUUCCCAUUAAAUUGGUUAGGCCAAAGUUUACGGGAGAUGCGAGAAAACAAUUGUCCCGUUAUGCCGAAGCAGCGAAAAAGAUGGUAGAAUCGAGAGCAGCAUCGCCCGAGAGCCGGAAGGUAGUCAAGUGGAAUGCGGAGGACACUUUCCAGUGGUUGAGAAGAACGGUGGGCGCCACGUUCGACGAUUUCCAGGACAGACUCGCCCAUUUAAAACGACAAUGUCAACCACACCUCACAGCAACCGUUAAAGCUAGUGUUGAAGGCAUAUGCCUGAAAAUUUAUCAUCUGUCGACGGAAUAUGCGAAAAAGGUGAAAGACAAAAACAACCAGAUCCUCAAAGACAAUGGUCUGGGGGACGUUAUACCGCUAGGUGGUCCUGCUAGCACACAGAGAAAAGUUUGGUGUUAUCCAGUGCAAUUUUCUCUUCCCACGCCGAGACUUCCACAGGUGGAUUACCUGCCUGAACGCGAGCAAAUAAUGUUACGCUUUCACGGUGACACCAUGUACAUUAAUAACACGCACUUUGCUAAACUGGAACAUUUGUAUAGGUAUAACAGUUUUGACGACAAAAAAUUUGAAAUGUUUUUGUCACGCGUUUGGUGUAUGCUGAAACGCUAUCAGACAUACCUCGGAAACGAUGGCCAAGCAACUCAAAUGGCUCUUCCAGUGACAGUUUUCGAAUGCCUUCAGAGAUCAUUUGGGGUCACUUUCGAAUGUUUUGCUUCACCUCUAAACUGUUACUUUCGGCAGUAUUGUUCAGCGUUCGCUGACACGGACUCGUACUUUGGAUCAAGGGGACCAUUCUUAGACUUCAGGCCGAUUAGUGGAUCGUUUCAAGCAAAUCCACCCUACUGCGAAGAACUUAUGGAAGCUAUGGUUAACCACUUCGAACGUCUGUUGGCUGAUUCGACUGAGCCUUUGUCAUUCGUGGUAUUUUUACCAGAAUGGCGUGAUCCGGCUCCCAAUGCACUCUUAAAACUAGAGGGUAGUCACUUUAAACGCAAACAAGUAGUAGUACCUGCUAUGGAACACGAAUAUCGACACGGAUUUCAACACAUUCUUCCAAAAGGUGAAGUAAACAUCCGAGCAGUCCACGGCACGCUAGUUGUAUGGUUACAAAAUCCAGCUGGUGCUGCGCGGUGGGGACCUACGGAAGAACGGGUUGAAGCUUUAUUGGAAGCGUGGCGACCCGGACGAGAACGAGAAAGGGAUAGGCAAGAGCUUCUUUCCCCGCCGCGACAAACGCAUCAACCGAUACCAGCAACGCCAGUACCUGUACCAACACCAACUACACCGACGGUGCCACCACCUGCACAGACGCUACCAAGUCAUCCUAUAUAAUUGAGUGAUAUA